AUGAAAUUUAAAGUUUUAAUUUUAUGUGUUGUAUAUUUAAGCUUAUUACUAAAUGUAAAAACUAAUAAUGCAGCAUCGUACGAUUUUACAGAUUUUCCAAAUGCCACAAUUGUUAUAACUUGGAAUAAUAUAUUACUUAAUGCAAUCCACAAAGCCAGUCCACCACCUACUGUGGUUUCGAGAAGUUUGGCAAUGGUUCACACAGCAAUUUAUGAUGCAUGGGCCUCAUAUUCCGACUCAAGAGGUGUUUAUUUAACAAAUAAAAACAACAUUUUAUCUAAUUGCUCAUCAUUAGCAGAUAAAGAAAAUUCAAUUAAAAAAUCAAUCUCACAUGCCGCAUAUCAAACUUUAAAAGAUCUAUAUCCUCUUUCAAUUGAUUCCUAUAACCAAAAGAUGAAAGAUCUAGGUUAUAAUACAAGUGAUACUAAUUUAAAUAUGGAUAAUGCUGCUGGUGUAGGUAAUAUUGCAUCUAAACUAUUAUUAGAAAAUAGAUGGAUAGACGGUUCAAAUCAAAAAGCAAUUUAUGGAGGAAAGAACUAUAGCGACUGGACUAACUAUUGCCCUAAAAAUGACCCCCAAUUUGCCCCAUUAAAAUAUCCUGAUAGUUGGCAACCUCUUUUAGUACCUGUCAGAAAUUCAACUGCCGCUCCACAAUCAUUUUCAACUCCACAUUGGGGUUCCGUUAAACCUUUUGCUCUUAUCAAUGGUGCCCAAGUAAGACCAUCCAAUCCUCCACCAUAUGCAUUAAAUAACCAAACAAAAGAUGCCUUAAUUAAAUCAGCAUGGGAAUUAGUAAACUAUACCACAAAUCUAACCGAUGAAAUUAAAGCUAUUGCCGAGUAUUUUGGAGAUGGUCCAAACUCUGUUCUUCCACCAGGUCAUUGGAAUUUAUUUGCACAAUAUGUUUCAAAACGUGAUAACCAUACUGUUGAACAGGAUGUUAAAAUGUACUUUAUGUUAAAUAAUGCAGCAAUGGACUCUGGUAUUGCAUGUUGGGACUGUAAAAGAUACUAUGAUAACGCAAGACCUGCUACAAUGAUACCAUAUCUCCUAAAGGGUAUUACAGUCACAGGAUGGCAUGGUGUUUGUAACGAAAAUGUUACAUUUGACUUAAAAGAUUGGAUACCAUAUCAAGAUCCAUAUGUUAUUACACCACCUUUUUCAGAUUAUGUAAGUGGUCAUAGUACUUUUUCAUCGUCAGCCGCAGAAAUUUUAAAAAGAUUUACUGGUAGCGAUAAGUUUGGGGACUCCGUUGUUAUUAAAGCAGGUUCAUCAAUUUUUGAAACUAAUUGUUCUUUCCCAGUUCCACGUACAGAUAUUACAUUGUAUUGGGAUACAUUUACAGAUGCUGCACAACAAGCCUGUAUAUCAAGACGUUAUGGUGGUAUCCAUUAUGAUUUUUCAGAUAUAGAGGCAAGAAAAAUGGGUAGAAAAAUUGGUGAAUUAGUGUGGAACAAAUCACAAGCUUUAUUUAGUGGUUUAGAUCCAAAUAACUCUACAGUAACAAACUAA